AUUCUGUUUAGGUGUCUUGUCAAUAUACAUUACCGUGUAAUAAACAGUAAUACCAAAUAAGAAAGCUGUCAUCAUUGACACCUGUAUAUGGUAUGGCAUCUGUGACUUAUAAUCUAAAGCUAUGGAGUCUUCAACAACACAGUGUAUUAGAUAAAGAUGGAGCUGCUGUUCGUUACCAAGAAAAAGAAACCAAUGCCACCCCAACUUCAGAGUAUUAUGACAUCAAAAAAGCUUAUGUCACCAGUCGUGAUGGAUUGUGGUGUCCCAGGAAUAAACGACCCGUUAAAUUGCGAGAACAAAUAAAGUUAGUUGAAGAUACAUUAAGAAGUACUGAAGUUGUGUGUGUGAUUUGGAAACACUUUGAUACAGUUCAGCUUGUGUUUUCUACUGGUUUGAUUGUUGACAUUGAAGUGACAAAACAACUCGAUAUAAAGAGAAUAAACUUUGAAAAAUCUCUACAAGGAAAACUAUCUACACCUGCAUGUUCUGCAAUCUAUGCAGAACAAUUUGUCUGCUUUUCAUUUAACAGCCAAACGAAACUUGCGUUCCUGUCUCUUAAAAAUGAAGUCAAAGUUUCCUAUAUUGAAUUACCAGGUACACAUUCAAAAAUUGUUCGUUAUUUAAGCGUGAACGAUAGUGAAGAUAUGAUGGUAUGUUGGUGGCAUCAUGGGCCUUGGUUUCAAACGGCUCACGAGAACGAACAUCAUAAUAUGGUUUUACUUGGUUGUUCAUUUGGCAGGUUAGAAGUUUUGAGCACAAUUCUCAGUGAAAAUAAUCUAAUUAGCCUUGAAUUUGGCCACAAUAAUUCAAACCAGAUUCUUACCCUGGAAAAGUCAGUAAACCAUAGAAAAGAACGCCAUCUUGAUUUUGUGACAUACGAAUGCUCCCAGAACAAAAUGCAAAGACUUAGCGUUAUUUCAUUUCCCGUAAAAACUGGCGUUCUUUCAUCUGCACGAAGCAGUGCUGAAGACAAAGUAGUUGUUGGUUGUAGCGAUGGUUCUCUCACUGUUUAUGACCUCACAAUACAACAAACUGUUGCCACGGUAACUCGUACCGGCACUGUACCCACCCUGUUGUCAUGGAUGAGUGAUGUAGUUGUGGUCGGCAGCGCGCAGGGGGAAGUCACGUUGUUCGACAACGCCCUUAACUCUAUUUCUUUUGUUAAUCUUGAAGAAAAUGCGUCUAAGAAAUUAGAGCUUUCCCAAUACAUUUCAUCGGGCAGUGGUCUUUUAAAAAUCCGGCACAAUAACAAUGGUGACAUGAUGCUGUUGUUUAAUGGAGGACCACUGGCAGUGCUAAGUUUAGAUGGUUGUUUCACAACUACUGGCAUCACAAAACUUCUGUUAGCUAAUGAUAAUAUCACACAAGCAGUGUCAUUGUUAUGUUCAAUCAACUGGAACCUUGAUGGGGAGGUGGCUUACCAGAACCUCAUGCGUAUUGUCGAUCAUUUGCUGCAGUUACCUCUGAAUCAUCUCCGAGAAAAUCAACUGGAAGGUUCAUUUUCCUCGUUUUAUGCUUCUUCUCGUCCAAUCUCAGAACCAGUUGUGUUAAAGUAUCGGACAGCUAUAAGUUGUUACGCUCGCCGUUUCUUCCACCACCUCCUGAGGUACUCCCGCUUUGAAAAGUCCUUCCUCCUUGCCAAGGACAUCGGAUCUUCCGAUCUCUUCCUGGACAUUUACUUUGCAGCGAAAGAAGUUGGAGAGACACAGCUUGCUAAACUUGCAAAGCAGAAAGCUGAUGAGAUUAUUGCUGCAGAAUCCUCUGAAAGCGAUUCGGAAGGAAUUGAUUUAAAUAUGUUGUCACUUUCUGGAGUCAACAAUCAAGACAGCAAGGAUUAUCUUGCAAUGGAGUUAAUGCAGGAGAUGAAUCGUAGUGCUGAAGCUGGUGCAAGUACCCUGAAAGUUACCAAUCUUGGAUUUGUAUGACGAAAUCACUUACUUUACAAGCUCAAACCACUGUAUGUGGUCACCCUUAUUGCUGCUAAAUGGUGUCAUAUGUUAGUGACAUGUAUUUUAUAGCGUAUUAGUGUGUCAUGUGUUAUUGGCAUGCAUCUGAUAUAGUAUUAUUGCAUUUUUUGAGUUUUUUCACAUACUUUAGUACUUGGUUGCUCUCAUUGUAUUUGUAACACAAAAAAGUUAAAGUGUUUAUUUUUAGUGAUAAAAUUUAUUAUUUUUUAAUAAAAAAAACGGUGCAUUAAUUUCUUGUUAAUAAACGAAUAAAAGCAUUUGAAGAA